AUGUCCGACGAUGAAUACUACUACGAAUACGAGGUGGACGAUUACCAGUACGCAGAUGAAGUCCCGGAACUAGUCGACGACCUCGCCGCCUCCGCCUACCACGAUGCCACCGGUCUAUUCCUCGACGCGGAUAGCGAUGUAGAAGAUUACUUCGCCGAUCUGGAAUAUCAAUCAGACGAUUAUUACGACAAUGACCCGACAGCCGACAAAGGUCUCGUAAGGGAAAUUGGAACGAAGGAUGUUACGCCGGCAACAACAAAACCCCAGAGCAAAAAGCCCAAGCCUGCGGCCAAGGUCAAAUCUCCUGUCGAGUUGGAUGUCACCUCUUUUCAGGGCGUCAUCUGGAAAACGCCCAGUCUGGACCGCGACCAGGACGUUGCCAUUCUUUACGAACCGCAUACGGGCGAACAAGUCGCGCUGUUGAAGAACUGGAGGGAGGAGUUUAAGCAUUCUCAGCCUGCGCUGGAUAAAUCGCGGUUGAAGAGGAGGCGGGCGGAGGAAGCUCAGGCUGUCGAUGACGCGUCGAUGUCUGAGGCGGAUAAUGAAAUGGAGCCUGAAGAAAUGGAUGGCGAGGAUGAAGACGACGAGCUCGACAGUUCCGACGAGAUGAAUGAUUCUGUGUCGCGCGAUGGAUCAAGUCUUGAUACUGGCGAUGCCUCGAAUACAACGCCCGACGUGGAAUCCUCUCAUUCUGUGAAACUGCCUUCGCCUCCGAAGGUUGUGAUCCCGGUCAAGAGAGGGUGGAAACGAAAGGCGGCGGCGCAGAAGGAUGAUGGUCCUGGUGAUGGCGAGGAUGCGGCACCGAGGGCGAAGAGGGUUGAGUCUCGGAAAGGUGGGAGUGAUACCGUCAAACCUGCGGUCAAGGGUGGUGGCUCGACUGGACCACCUGUACGCAGGUCAGCCCGACAGAAGAAGUAG